AUGGCUCAUAGACAUUUCGAAGGUGCUGGUCAUGUGAUUGCAUACGCCAAGUAUAGACCCCAGUGGACCAAAAACAUCGUAGACAGAGUAAUAACAUAUCUCCAGGAAAAGCUUCCUGCACCGUAUGACCAAGCUCUGGAUGUUGGUUGUGGGUCUGGGCAGUUCACACACUUGCUAGCACCGCACUUCAAUCAUGUGACAGGAAUUGACGUCAGCGACAACCAGAUACUGCAAGCCAACAACAAGAACGACAUGAGCAAUGUUAGGUUUAAGAAGGGCAGUGGAGAGAGUUUUCCUGUAGAUGACCACUCUGUAGACCUAGUGACCAGUGCCCAAGCUGCCCACUGGUUUGACUUGGACAAGUUCUAUGCUGAGACUGAGAGGGUGUUGAGACCACAUGGCUGUGUGGCAUUGCUGGGGUAUGCUGUCCCUGUGUUAGACUCCAACCCACACGGGGAAAUACUGAGUAAAUAUAUCAGAGAUUUUUAUGGACGCCUCUGGAAAACCUCUUGCUGGGACGAGAUGAGAAAACAUGUGGAUAACAGAUAUCCAGAUGAACGCUUUGCUUGUAGACUGCCACUGAGAGAGUAUGUCAGAGAUGAGACCUUGAGUAUGGAGUAUGACACUACACUGGAGCAUUUUAUAGGCUAUGUCAGCUCUUGGAGUGGCUAUAACAAAUAUAUGGAGAAAUACCCAGAGAGUAAAAUACUGGAGGAUUUGCAGGAAAACUUAUUGAAAACAAUGGACAGAGAAGCAACCAUACAUUCUGAGCUGCACGUGACAUUCCCAAUCUUCAUGUUGCUAGGAAGAAAGCCAGGAUCCUAGACCAGAACAGCAUUACUCCUGUCUUGGAAUUGGCUUCCACCUAGGGUUUAUUUUUAAUGUUAAGACUAAACCAGCCAGACGUAUUUAUAUCUGCAAAGGGCAGGCUACAGAAUAUUUGCACCUUAUAUAUUAAUAAAUAAUGGAUAAUGGAUGGACAAUUAAUUUAAGAGACAAAAUGAAAGUUCAACUCAGAUUGUGAGGUAUCAGUAUUAACUAAAAUUAAUGAUUUGUCAGCUCAAUGACACGGCUAAUGUUAAAAAUGCAAUUUGUUAUUUAUUUGAUAUUUCAUUCAAAUUGGGUAAUUCCAAUUUGGACAAUGUGCCAUAUUUCUCCUCGUGGAUUUUGUACAUUUUUCCAUGAAUUAGACAAUCCACAUUGUGUCAACCUUAAGCACAUUAAUCAUAGGAAGAAAGCAAAGUAGACUUUACUGAGGUUGGUUUUGAAAUGAAGGGCCGUUAAAGAAAGGAUACAUUUAGUAAAUAUUUAAUAUUUAAUAACAAGUCAAAUUUUUAUGAUUUAUAAUGUAUGAUGUAUCUUUUACAGGUUUUUUACUAAAAAUAUUUUUAGUGAAAUUAUAAAUUAUUGGUUUAAAAUUUUACCUCUGUGAUUAGUUAUAAAUUUGCAAACGUUUCUUAAGUUAAUAUAUUUGAUUAAAAAACA